GAAUAACCUACCCGCCACAUUGCGGAUAUUAACCGAAUCAAUCUGCAUCGAACCGCUCCGAUCUUGGCGAGGAUACGAAAGAUCGGACCCGCCCGACCCACCAGUGGCCGAAUCCUAGCAGGCGCGAUAGAUCGAUCUGGGUGUCCAGAUCGAUCGUAGCCUCGUCACUUCGCCCUUAGACUGGAGCUGUACUUGCCGUACGCACCACUGCCGGGGGGUGGGGGAAUCCUCCCGGCGGUGAGCAGCGUGGGUGGCGUGGGUGGGGUGAGCUGUCGUCCGGUCCUGCUGGGCGGCGUGGACCUGUCCAUGUCCGCUGCUGUCCAGCCACCCCCGAACGCGACCCCAGCCCACGCCCCGCUGCACCCCCCCGUGGGCCUGCCCAUUCCACCCCUGGGAUCGAGCUCCGUCAUGAUGCCUCGGCCACCCCCGGGCCCCAUUCCGCCCCUGGGGCCCGCGCUGCCGUCCGCCCACCACGACGCCGCCGACCUCUCCGACGCUUCGCCCAUCCCCGACGUCGUGCGCGCCCUUCUCACCAGGAACAAGAACCUCGAAGAACGGAUCCAGGAAACGCCAGGCGGUUCUCCGAUUAGGGAGGAAUCCUCGAUUCCGAAGUGCGCGGGAUGCCAGGAGGUGAUCCUGGACCGGUACGUCCUGAGAGUUUUGGAAAGGUGUUGGCACGCGAGAUGCCUGACGUGCCGCGACUGCGGGGCGAGAUUGUCCGAGACGUGCUUCGCAAGGAACGGUCACGUGUUUUGCAAGGACGACUUCUUCAAGCGCUUCGGGACGAAGUGUGCGGGAUGCGGGCAAGGCCUGGCACCUUCGCAGGUCGUUCGAAGAGCCCAGGAGCUGGUCUACCACCUGACUUGCUUCUCCUGCGCGCUCUGCUCGCGACAGCUCGACACCGGCGACGAAUUCUACCUCAUGGAGGACCGGAAGCUCAUCUGCAAGCCCGAUUACGAGCAAGCUAAAGCUAAGGAACUAGCGGACGGUGGAAGUAUAGACGGCGAUCAGCCGAACAAGAGACCGCGAACAACCAUCACGGCAAAGCAACUGGAAACCCUGAAGUUGGCAUACAACAAUAGUCCAAAACCAGCGAGGCAUGUUCGCGAACAACUCUCGCAGGACACCGGCCUCGACAUGCGCGUUGUUCAAGUGUGGUUCCAAAAUAGGAGGGCGAAAGAAAAGAGGCUGAAGAAGGACGCGGGCAGGACGAGAUGGUCCCAGUAUUUCCGAAGCAUGAAGGGCAACGGAGCUGGAGGACAUUCGCCCAGACACGACAAACUUUUGGACAAAGACGAGCUCAAAGUCGACCUGGAUUCCUCCUUCGGGCAUCACGAUUUGAGCAACGACAGUUACGGGACCGUGGUGAACAUGGGGAUGGACGGCGAGGGCGCGAGUCCCGGAGGCGGAGGGAGCGGCGGUGGCGGUGGUCCACCACGUGGUUACUUGGGUGCAGCUACACCCCCCUAUCUGUCUACGUCCAGAUCGCCGUCCUUGCCACCGCAAUUCCCCUAUCCUCCGGAUGCUGGGCUAUCCGUCUACACGACCCUCGGGGGACCAGGAGGGAUGGUCCCGGGACCAGCGUCGGACCUGAGCAACGAGUCGAGCGGCGGAGGCGGCGGGGGCGGCGGAGGUGGCGGGGGCGGUGGAUAUCCCGAUUUCCCUCCGUCGCCGGAUUCCUGGCUAGGGGAGCCUCCGUCGCACCCUCACCACCACACGCACUACGCCACAUAACCCUCCAAAGUCAAGGCCCUCCGAGUACCGUGUGGAAUAAUUGACUAGCCAGUACCU